AUGGCCCAAAAUGUAAGCGCGAGUUUCAAUGGCUUUGUCUUGAAGGCUGAAAUGUUUGGGAGAUUGCAACCCAUAAGAGCACCUCUGCUGCCGUAUAUGUAUUGUUUUGAGACUUGUACUGUUUGGUAUGCUAUAGCAGUUGCAAGCAAGAGAUAUAUGUUCGCAGCUUUUUACGCUCAUUUUAUAACACAUGGUUCCGUACAUCAACUUUGUAGCCCGUGUUUCCAUUUAUCGCGAUAUUUUUUAGAUGAUUUGAUGGUAGAGAUCGCGCUAGAUCUUCUGUUAAAAGAUCUUUUGACUUUGGCUUUGGCCUUUUCCUUUUCCUGCCUUCUUUUCUGUGAGCUUUUUCGCUUAUGGUUGCUUUAG